UUUAAUUGUACUGUUAUACCCACUCAAGCUCUGCUUUACUCUCUGCUUCGUCCUCUCUCUCUAGAUUUUCUCACUCUAGAUCUUCAGCGUAAAUCUAGGAAACCUACCAGAUCUCCAACCUCCAUCUUUGUUUUUCCUUUUGGUAGCUGCAUAAGUAACCAUGUUAUAUGUUUAAGAUUGAGACCUUUUUUUGCUUUAUGGGCGGUUGGGUUUGCUAAAAAGGGUUCAACAAUGCCGUGGACAUCUUCUUUUGCGACUUACAUGAGCAACUGUGUUCGCUUGGUGGUGUUCUUUCGUGUUAUACUGUAAUUUGAAUUUCCCUUUUUCUGGGUGAGGUCCUGUUCCUUCAUUGUGUUUCUAAUUCUUGAGUGGUUUAGGAGUGAGAAUGUACUUUGCUUUAACUAGAAAAAGAUAUCGAGCAGUGAAGGAAGCAGGACAAAUUAAAAUGAGCGUUGGGAUUAUUGCUUACUACCAAGUGAAUGAAGUGAUGCAAGUUUGUCAGGCUGAAUAUUUCCGUCAAUUGCUUAAACCUGUUACGUAGUUUGACUUUACAAAACCCGGGGUUAUUGGGAUUUGGAAAAGGCUGGUUCCCUGGUUAUGUUCAUAUGUAAGUCGGCAUUGACAAAAUGAAGGUAUAUGUGAUGCUGACUGUUGAUUUGGAAUAAGCGGCUCUGUUUCACUUGGAUGGCUGUAUAGCUUUCUCUUAGUUUUAGGAAUCUUCACUGGAUCGAAACUUGUAUAAUUGCCUACUUAAAGACCACAAUCUAUCAUUGCCUUGAAACUUAUUGAUUAAGAGGAGACUCUGAUGCAUAGUGAUCAGCAAUUUUACCACAGAAAGGCAGCAUCUCCCCCUGCAAAUCAAGUGGGAAACAGAUAUGUGGAUAUUCCUGUUGCCUCUGCCUAUGGUGCUGCUUUGCCCCCUCCAGCAAAGCACUCAAUCCCCUUUCAUGGCGUUGAAUUUCAAACCUCUGAGGUUUGUCCUAGGAACUUCAUCAUCUUUGAUCAGACUGAACACAAAAGUCAGAUUAUGUUCCACCCUGCGAAUGCCCUCAAAUUUGGUGGUCCUGGUUUUGACGUUCAUGCAACUUAUGUCCAGGAAACUUUUGAGAAGGAAGAGGUGAAGAAUAUGAAAAGAAUGACAUCUUCUCUGGUAGAAGAUUCAGCAGAUAUUGAUUUGUUACUGAGUUUGGAAGAGGGGGAACAUGAGGACUAUGAUGAAGAAGAGGUCAGCACGGCAAGGACUGAUGCUAAUCACGGAAGUGACUCCUCUGAAUUUUGCUCCACUUAUGGUUCAAGACCCUGGAGGGAUGGUUCAUCUUCUUCUGUUCAGAAGUCAUCUGACAGCAGUCAGAGUGAGAGGAAACGGCAGAAAAUGAAGAAGAUGGUGAAGACACUUAGAGGUAUUGUACCUGGUGGUGACCAAAUGAAUACCGUUACUGUUCUAGAUGAAGCUGUCAGGUACCUCAAGUCUCUAAAAGUCGAGGCACAGAAACUUGGAGUUGGAAGCUUUAACAAUUAAGCUUCAUCUUAUGCCAUGAUAAUCAAAACAUAAAACUUGGUUUACUGUGAUCGAAAUCUACUUCUCCCCUUCCUCCCCCCACCCAAUUCCCGGCCACACGCUCUCUCUUUCUCUGCAGGUAUGCAUUAGGAGGACACUAAUAGCAAGUUAUGGAACUCAUGGCCUCUUUGGAAAUCCAACUGUCUGGGUGGAUCAUGCAACUCUGUUAUAUAGUUGACCGUUGUUUUUCUGGCUCGUUGUUACUUGUCUCUAUGCUUUAAAUAAUGGGCAUCCUACAAAUGCGCAGACGCGAUAAGUAAAUGCUUUCUCGAUGUAUUUGGGACGCCUUGAUUUAUUUUAUGUGCACUUUUCUGCUUUAUCAAAAGGGUUUGUUGUCAUCAAACCCAUAGUUACUCACUGUCUUACAUUAAGAUAAUAUUUUAGUAUGCUCGUGGCCUA